CGGCGGGGCCCGGGCAGCGGAGCCGGGUGAGGUUGCAGGAUCAGCAUGUGUCUCUAACAGUUAAAAAGACAGAAGCAGUCUCCGCCAGCCGAGAAACCAGCAAAAGUGUUUCACAAUGGAUAUAGACGAUGAAGAAAACAUGAGUUCGAGCAGCACCGACGUUAAAGAGAACCGCAACGUGGACAACGUUCCCCCCAAGGAGGGCAGUGGGCAAGGUGCCGGGGAGGGGACACAGCUCUCCAACGGUGGUGGCAGCAGCAGCAGGAAGCGUCCUUUGGAGGAGGGCAACAAUGGCCACUCCAAAUUCCGCCUGAAGAAGAGGAAGAAAACACCCGGCCCCAUUCUACCAAAGAACGCCCUGAUGCAACUGAAUGAGAUUAAACCCGGUUUACAGUACAAACUCCUCUCCCAGACCGGCCCGGUUCAUGCCCCCAUGUUCGUGAUGGCGGUUGAAGUCAAUGGGCAGGUGUUUGAGGGGUCUGGCCCAACAAAGAAGAAGGCCAAGCUUCACGCUGCCGAAAAGGCUCUCCGCUCUUUUGUCCAGUUCCCAAACGCUUCGGAAGCCCACCUGGCAAUGGGGAGGACUCUGUCGGUCAACACGGAUUUCACCUCCGACCAAGCGGACUUCCCCGACACCCUUUUCAAUGGGUUCGAAACGCCAAUCCCUUCCGAUGCUUCCUUUUACCUGGGGUCCAACGGGGACGGGUCCUUUGGCUCUAGCGGGGACUAUGGUUUGCCAUCGUCUGCCGUAGCCAGCAGCCUUUCCCAGUCGCCUCUCCCAGCACCAUCACCUUACCCCUCGGCCAGUGGGAAGAACCCUGUCAUGAUCCUGAAUGAGCUGCGGCCGGGGCUGAAGUAUGAGUUCCUCUCGGAAAGUGGGGAGAGCCAUGCCAAGAACUUUGUGAUGGCCGUAGCAGUGGAUGGGCAGACGUUUGAAGGCUCAGGAAGGAAUAAAAAGCUGGCCAAAGCUCGUGCUGCUCAGUCAGCCCUCGCAUCCUUGUUUAACAUGCAGCUGGACCAGACCCCAUCUCGACAGCCCAUUCCUAGCGAAGGGCUCCAGUUACACUUGCCACAGGUUUUAGCUGACGCUGUUGCACGCUUGGUUGUAGAUAAAUUCAGUGAUCUGACGGAAAAUUUCACGUCUCCACAUGCACGGAGAAAAGUCCUUGCUGGAAUUGUCAUGACAACAGGUACAGAUGUGAAAGAUGCCCUGGUAAUAAGUGUUUCUACAGGAACAAAAUGCAUCAAUGGUGAAUACAUGAGUGAUCGUGGUCUUGCAUUAAACGAUUGCCAUGCAGAGAUUAUAUCUCGCCGGUGCCUGCUUAAAUUUCUCUAUACACAACUUGAGCUUUAUCUAAGCAAUAAAGAAGACCAACAGAAAUCCAUUUUUACCAAGUCGGAGCGAGGUGGAUUUAAGCUGAAGGAGAAUGUGCAGUUCCACCUCUAUAUCAGCACAUCCCCUUGUGGCGACGCGAGGAUUUUCUCCCCCCAUGAAGCAGCACAAGAGGAUCAAGGGGACAGGCAUCCGAACCGCAAAGCAAGAGGACAGCUACGGACAAAGAUAGAAUCUGGGGAAGGGACCAUCCCUGUGCGCUCCACUACCACCAUCCAGACGUGGGAUGGUGUACUGCAAGGAGAAAGACUGCUUACCAUGUCCUGCAGUGACAAGAUAGCCAGGUGGAACGUAUUGGGUAUUCAAGGAGCCUUACUUAGCCUCUUUGUGGAGCCAAUUUACUUCUCUAGCAUCAUCUUGGGGAGUUUAUAUCAUGGGGAUCAUCUAUCCAGAGCCGUAUACCAGAGGAUAGCAGAGAUAGAAGAUCUACCACCUCUUUAUACACUCAACAGACCUUUACUUAGUGGUAUUAGCAAUGCAGAAGCCCGUCAGCCAGGGAAAGCACCAAACUUCAGCGUGAACUGGACAGUAGGAGACACUGGUCUGGAAGUUAUUAAUGCUACAACUGGCAAAGAUGAAAUGGGUCGUGCAUCUCGCCUUUGUAAGCAUGCUUUUUACAGCCGCUGGAUGCGUAUUCAUGCAAAGCUUUCCUCCAGCUUGCGCUCGAAGAUCCUCAAGCCUAACCUGUACCAUGAAACCAAGCAAGGAGCCACUGAGUAUCAAACUGCCAAAGAGUGUUUGUUUAAAGCAUUCCUGAAGGCAGGACUUGGAGCUUGGGUGGAGAAGCCCAUCGAACAGGAUCAGUUUUCUCUCACGGUUUAAUCCACACACUGCACAUCACUUUGGAAAGGGGGCUGUUCUGGAAAUUCCUGGUGUCCAGCGUUGCUUUCUGGCAUCUCCUCAACCAUCAGAACAUCUUUUAUCCUGUUUGGAGUUGGGUUUUUCCUUUGGUUUUCACGUGAAACUUCAUAGCAGCAGUUUCUGCUAUGCCAUCAUUGCAUAUUUUGUUACGGGCAAGUAGUUCCUGGUGUCUUUCUAGGAAGACUUUCACUGUAGAAACCUCGCGGUAAGGCUGCUCCUACAGGACACAACAACUCAUUCUUUUUCUGGGUUAAAAUCAUUUCUUUUUUAAACUCAGUGGUAUCAAAUGCAUGAGGAAAUGGAAGUUUCUCCAGGUUUUCCACCACAUUUUUAGGAAGUAGCUGAUUUUUUUCUUAUCAAAGAAAAUAGGUGACAAAGCUGAGUCUGCUCCUCCCUUAACUUGGUUUUGAACUGCAGAUGUUUCUAGCCUAUAGACCACAGAGCCAGAAUGGAGUCUGGACAGCUAGUUUUUCCCCACUUCCUUGCUCUUGAAAACCAGCUGCUGAGAAUUUCCUGUCUUUGAUGUAUGUAUUUAUUAGUCUGUGACCCAGUUUUUAACAUGCAGCUUUUUAUUCUGUUUUUAAAAAUACAUUUCCCUCCCAUUUACACACAUUGUGAAGUCUUCAUGGUUUAUUUUUGACCAUUGUAAACUGGAAACAGCAGAAUAAUUCUUCGUAAGUUAAGAAGUUUAGUCUAUAAUGUGCAGGAACGUGUUUAGAAGUAGGUGAUCUGUAUAUCCCAGGAACCCACCACAAUACAAUCCUAGCGGUUAUAUGACAACUUGAAAAGGAAAUAGCUCAUUUUAAGGGCCUGAAUUGCCAAAACCAGGCACUUCCUGGGUAUUAAUUGCUCUCCUCUUGGAAAUCAGAAGUUCUUGUAUGGACAAAAAGUUGUUAAAACUUCUUUCUUGUUGUUACAUCUGUUUUCACCCAACUUGCUGUGUCUCUGAGGUUUCAUUGCCUUUUGUGUUUACAUGUGUGAUGGUCUUCAUGGAGCUGAUUAGGUAAGUUGCUCUCAAAACGAGCUUUCAUUUGCUUUGAUGAUUACUUAGAAAGGUGUAGACACUUCUGCUUCAUGUAAAAAUGUAGUAUAGAAAGGAAAUAUUGUGAGAUCCGUUUGAUUAACUGGUGUAUAGAAGGCAUUUUUCAGAACACUUUUUAGAACCUGAUAUUUAGGGGCAGAAUGAGACAAUGUCCAAUAUUGCUCCUCUGCUCACACGAUGUAUGUCCAAACACUUGGCUCAUGCCCAUCCAGGUAGCACCUCUGCUUUCCGAAGAGCAUCUCAGAGAUCCUCCAUCCAUUACCUUUGCAGACCAUGAAGGUGAUGCUUUGUGACAUGGGAGUUUGCUUGACAGAACCCAGUCGGUGCUCCACUGCUCCUGCUGUUGGGGCCUGUCCCUCUGCUCUACUGCCCCUUGUCUGUGCUGUAGAGGACAUCAGAUCAGCGGGCUGGUCCGUGCUUUGAAGUCGAGUCAAGGGUUACUUUUAGACCCACAUUGGGUCAGAGAUCCAGUUUAGAGCUGUGCCAGUGCAUGUGCAGAGGCAGUGGAGAGGAGCUGUGGGUCUCUUCAGCCAGCUUCAUGGGCAGAGGCUGUCCUGAGGCUGUAACUGGAUUUACUGUCCCUCAAUCCCAGCACCUCCCGGGGGGGUUAGCAAGUACUUGGGGUGUUGGAGAUGUAAAGCCACUUGUACCAAGCAUGAGUGCCAAGAGAUGUGCUGCUUCCUUACUGCUCGAGUAGGAGCCCAUUUCCAGUCUGAAAGAGUGAUCAAGCCUGAAAAUCACUUGUGUGUUAGUGGAAGGCUCUGGGUUAGUGUCUUUGGAAGUAACACGCUGAGGUUCAGACAAUGCAGUUUUGGUGGUGUAAUGGGCACUAGCUCUGGGAAGGCCAACAAGGCUGUGGCUUAGUGAUCCCCUUGGAAAAGUCAUGCUUCUAGAGGCCACUUCCUGAUGCUGGAGGACCAAAUGUCACAAGCUGCAGUAGACAGGCUGUGUUUAUCCAGCCUCCUCCAUGACUUCAGCCAUCCUGUCCACUCUUCAUUAAACCCCAAAUCAUUCCCAUGGCCUCUGCAAGCCUGACAAAGCUUUUGUCCUCCUCAUCCGACUGAGGCUUAGACUGACCUAAUCUCAAGGUAAAAGGGAUUUAACCCUAUGUGGUCAGAUUUUGCACACCUGCCUUUGAGAUCAACCGUGUCUAGUUGCGUUGGUGGCUUCAGUUGGGUAUGGGCAGGAUGGAGCUCACAUCGAGUGCUGUUCUUAAAGUCAUUUCUGGAGGUAUGUGGAACACCCCCUUGGAAGGGGCUCAGUCUGUUGCUAAAUGAAGCCUGUUGAGAACCUCCAGCCGGUUAUUUUCACCCAUCUUUCUGAAGUGCUCAUUCCAAAGUUGGUGUCUCUCUGGAUCGUCUUUUUCUUUCAAUGACGAGGAAAGUAUUAGCUCAAGCUAUUUUUUUUAUGAAGUCACAAAUAUGAGCAAUAUAUUUAAGUAUUAUUUAUAGACAUAGUUUUUUAAACUGUUCUAAGGAACGACUGAACUGAAAACUGUCCAAGGAAAUAAUGUUCCAUGCCAAACCCUUUUGAUGAAGGAAUGGUGUCAGGUUAUUUAUGAGGAAUGAGUUCUCUUGUUUAUAAUUCCGGGAUUUUAAAAAGUAUAAAAGAAGUUUUCCAGCAUUGUAUGCAAAUCUCUAUCUGUCUUCUGGGAGUCAAUAAAGUACUGCUUGGCUUCCUGCA